AUGGCCCAAAACACUGUUGCACCAGUAGAUUUUUCUGGUGGAAAAUAUCCAGUAACGGCUGCACAAGGAUGGUCAGCUCCUUUAGAUUCUGCUUCACAGUCACAUGUGAAUGUAUCAACAUCAAAUGAUGAUAAAAACUUGCCAAAUUAUAGUGAAGGUCCACCACCAUCUGCACCUGAUAUAAGUGACUUUCCACCCAAUUAUUUUGAUAUAUCGAUUGUACCUAACAAUGGUGUUUUGCAUUAUAAUGAAGUCCCAGCAUAUACUGAACCAUCUAAAGCAGAAGUUGAACGUAAAAGUGAAGGUGUUCUUUCAUUUGAUCCACUUAUUGAGAAAAAUCCUGAUCAAUUAUGGUUGUAUUUUAUGACUUAUCUUAAUGAAAAACCAGCUUUAGGUAUUGUUAUUCAUGGUUAUCAUACUGAGCAUUAUACAACAUAUGAAACACGUCGCUCAGCUGAUGGCCAUACACACACACAUCCUGUACAUCAUACUCGUAAUGUAACUGAUUUUAAUUUUACUAUUGAUGCAACGCAAUAUAUAUCACAACAAUGGUGGCGUGUAGCUGUUAUUCCAUCAAAAAAAGCAAUGAAAGCUGGUGAAUUUGUUUCAUUGAGAGAUGCUGUUGAACAAUAUACACGUUCAGAAAAAAAUAUCAAAGAAAUUACAUGCCAAAAACAAUUAGUUGGCUGGAAUUAUCAAGAAUUACAAGAUAAAAUAAAAGCAUUGAUUUAUUCAACUGGUUAUCGAAGUCAUAUUAAUGUUACUUUUUCUGUGAAUAACAAUAAAAUAGCGGCUCGUUCAUCAUCAAAAAUGAGUCGAUUUUCAAGUUCACUAGUUGUUCGUAUUUUAUGUGUGGUGUCAUGUUUAUUUCUUAUCUUUGGUCCAAUUUAUUUAUGUUUACGUUCAGCAGGCUCUACUCGAGAUCGAAUUGUAGCAGAUUAUUCUAUGGUAGCACCAGUUGAUACUUUUCUGCAUUUCAAUAGUGCAGUUAUUGCUAAUGCAGCUAUGGGUCGUUCAAGAGAAUUUUAUCCUUCUUAUCUUGCUUAA